CAUCUGUGUGGGCAAGCAAGAUCUUGACUUCAAGCCUUCAUAACAGUGGCAGCUUUGGUUAUUUGUGGAAAGACUUCUGAAAUGUACAAACAUAGCCUGAAGUUCUUGAGUCCAGAAGUAUACAUUGUAAACUAUGAUGACAGUUCAACAGUUGAUUAGCGGCAAAGCAUUUUGGGAUCGUUCUGUGCCUGUGCUAAACAAACGUGAGAUUUCCCUCUUUCUGAUAUACAUCCUUAGGGAGGGAGAGUCUUUGUUAUGGCUGUGUAUGAUUGUUUACACAACCGUUUUAGGUUGCUGAGUGUUCUUUGAGUUUAAGGUACCUUUUAACUCUGCUUAGAUAAAGAAGCAAGUUGAGGAAAGAGUUAAUGAGCCAAAGGAAGUUACUUUGUAAUAAGUUUCCUUUAGCUGAAGUAUGGUAACACGUUCUUCAACUCUGGGAGACGUGGGGUUCGCAAUGUCUGAAAAUAAACAUUAGUGCGUCCUGUCGAUUUACGAGUCCAACGUUCUUCUCUUGAGUGGGGGCCACAAUCAGACCAUGGGUGAAAAUGAUAACGAUAAAAACAGCCAAGCUGGACAGCUGUUUGAGAACUUUAUUCAAGCCCCGACAUUCAAAGGCACACUGCAGGCAUUUCAUAUCCUCUGCCGUUAUCUGGACCUUGACCCUUUGGAUCAUCAGAUGUUCUACUCCAUGCUGAAGUCAAAGGUCAACACGUGGAAGGCAAAGGCAUUAUGGAGCAAGCUUGACAAGCAUGCCAACCACAAGGAGUACAAGAAGGGCAAGGCUUGCUCCAACACACAGUGUUUGGUUAUCGGAGCUGGUCCUUGUGGCCUGCGUACCAGCAUUGAACUGGCUUUCCUGGGCUGCAAAGUCGUGGUGAUAGAGAAGAGGGAGACCUUUGCCAGGAACAAUGUCUUGCACUUGUGGCCGUAUACCAUUCAGGACCUGCGCUCUCUGGCUGCAAAGAAGUUUUAUGGCAAAUUCUGUGCAGGCGCAAUAGAUCACAUUAGCAUUCGGCAGCUACAGCUCAUACUGGUUAAAGUUGCAUUGUUACUGGGUGUGGAGAUCCAAGUGAAUGUGGAGUUUGUGCAGUUACUGGAACCCUCCGAGGAUCAGGAAACCCCAAGACCAGGAUGGCGAGCGGAGGUGCGACCCAGUGAUCACCCUGUCUCAGACUUUACCUUUGAUGUUAUUAUUGGUGCAGAUGGGCGAAGGAGCAGUUUACAAGGAUUUAGAAGGAAAGAGUUCCGUGGGAAGUUGGCCAUCGCCAUCACUGCCAACUUCAUCAACCGCAACACAACAGCCGAGGCGAAAGUUGAGGAAAUUAGUGGCGUCGCUUUCAUCUUCAAUCAGAAAUUCUUCCAGGACUUGAAAGAGGAAACAGGAAUUGACCUAGAGAAUAUUGUUUAUUAUAAGGAUAACACACAUUACUUUGUAAUGACAGCAAAGAAGCAGAGUUUGCUGGACAAAGGAGUGAUUGUCAAUGAUUAUGUCGAUACAGAAAUGCUCCUGUGCAGUGAGAAUGUGAAUCACGAGGCCCUCUUGUCCUAUGCCAGAGAGGCAGCUGACUUUGCCACUAAUUACCAGCUACCUGCUUUGGACUUUGCAAUGAACCAUAAUGACCAGCCCGAUGUGGCCAUGUUCGACUUUACCUGUAUGUAUGCUUCGGAGAAUGCUGCAUUAAUCCGGGAGAGAUUUGGCCAUCGGCUGUUGGUAGCUCUUGUUGGAGACAGCCUCUUAGAGCCAUUCUGGCCGAUGGGAACUGGUUGUGCCCGUGGAUUCCUGGCAGCCUUGGACACAGCAUGGAUGGUGAAGAGGUGGGCAGAAAACAUACCAUCGCUGGAGAUCUUGGCAGAGAGAGAAAGUAUUUAUCGACUGCUACCUCAAACCACUCCAGAAAACAUCAACAAGAACUUUGACCAGUACACAAUAGAUCCAGGAACGCGGUACCCCAACCUCAACUCAAAUUGUGUACAGCCUUACCAGGUUCAUGAGCUGUACAUCACAACAGAUCUGAAGAACUGCCCACUAGAGAGAGUAAACUCCCUGCGAAAAUCUAUCAAAGUGUCACGUCAUGAGUCGGAGGUUCGUCCCAAUAGGCUUUUAACCUGGUGCCAGAAGCAAACCGAGAGCUACAAGAAUGUAGCAGUCACUGACUUGACCAGCUCCUGGAAGAAUGGCCUAGCUUUGUGUGCAAUCAUACAUCACUUCUGUCCACAUCUAAUUGACUUUGAUGCACUGAAUGAAGAGGAUGCUGCCAAAAACAACCAGCUGGCCUUUGAUGUAGCAGAACGUGAGUUUGGGAUCUCUCCAGUCACCACAGGGAAGGAGAUGGCUUCAGUCCACGAGCCCGACAAACUCAGCAUGGUCAUGUAUCUCUCCAAAUUCUACGAGUACUUCCGUGGAAAACCACGCUCAAUUUCCUCAGCAUUAUUCAGACAGGAUAGCAACAAAAUGCCUGCACCUUCAACCAGGCAAACAAAUUCAGUCUUCAAUGGUGUCAACUUGUUGCAGAGGAAACGGACACCAAAGCAUGAAAAGAAAAAUGAAGACAGUGAUGCCACAAGUAAGAGGAGGAAAAAGACUGGCAUGCUGUCUCAAGAGGAGGCGAAUCCCAAAACAGAUGAAACAAAAAGUGCUGGGAACCAAAACAAAGUGAAGUCGAUGGCUACCCAGUUGUUAGCAAAGUUUGAAGAGAAUGCUCCGAGCUCCUCACUCCGGAGACAGAUAUCUGUGCCUUCCUGUGUUACAAAACCACCACUGCCCGUGUCUCCCAAAGGUCACACAAACCCUCGCUUUCUUAAACCUGACGACCAAGGUGGGGCUGUUCUCUGUUCACGGAAAAUGAAGUCUGACCUGGUGGUCAAUGCUGAACAAGUAAUCAGAGAAGCAAAAUACAUUAAGAAAGUUGAGAGUCAGGCAGGGGCUUCUAAACGUCUGAAUGUAUCUCCUCACUCCGCUUUUGCUCUUACUGGGGUUCUCCAGCGCCUUCAACGUUUAGAAGAAAAGCUCGAUCAGAGGAAAGCUCUGUCUCUUGCACAAGGUGAUGUCCCCUUUAGCAGGAAGAGCAUAAAGGAGAGAGGAGCUCAUCUGACUGCCCUCUUUGGGGGCAGGACUCUCAGACAGCAGGUGCCUCUGUCCGAUGCAAGCUCAUCCCAUUCUCUGUCCAACACCUCUCGCUCUACUCAUGACUCUGCUUCUUCUUCGCUGUCUACCAUCGCUCACCUAGCCGAUCCACCAACACAGCUACGCAGUGUGAAGGCGGCAGCUAUUAACUUGGAAAAGAUGUUUUUAAGCAGUCAGAACCAAUCGAGUAGCCAGAUCAAGGCUGAAGCAGAGGUAUCUACACAUGAUGAGCCUCGUGCUGUAGUCUGCCAUUCAAGUGAAAGCAAAUCUUCUCAAUCUCCAAACUCUGGCCAGCACUGUCCCACUCAGAUGACAGUGGGGAAAGUAUCAUCUGUAAUCGGUGCAAUGGCAGAAAUUUUGGUCACACUUUACCAAACUGAUCACAGGCCGAAAGGAGCAGUAACCUCAUCUGACUUGGGGUCACUGCGGAGAGAUUUCCCCCAGAAUCUCGGAGGCAGUGACAUCUGCUACUUCUGCAAAAAGCGAGUUUAUGUCAUGGAGCGACUGAGUGCAGAUGGUAAAUUCUUCCAUCGAGAAUGCUUCAAGUGUGAGUUCUGCUCAACUACGCUGCGGCUCGGAGCCUAUGCUUUCAGUGUUGAGGAAGGAAAGUUUUACUGCAAACCUCACUUUACUUACUGUAAACUGAAUAGCAAGGCCAGGAAGAGGCGGAAUCAUCCGACAAUGUCAACAGACAGAAAGAGUGAGACUGGGCCUCUGAAUAAAUUGGACAGUGAGGCUUUGAUGAGUGCCGAAAACACUUGCUGCAUUAGUUCUUCAUCUGACAAGCCCCCAGUUUCUCUGCUCCAAUCUGGGUCUGUUGACUGUAAAAGAACUAAAUGUGCACCUGGAGACUUCGAUCUGUGUGAAACACUCGCCACCACGGAGAGACACUCACCUCAAAAAUCACCCGAUAACCUCCUAGCAAUCCGAGUCAUGGUGACUAGUGAUGGCAGCAGUUCUGAAGGUGAGAGAGAGGAGCCUUGCACUGACCCUUCUGACCAUGAAGCAAUGAUCCCCUCUGGCCUGGGAGGCUCCUUACCAGAAGCAGAGGACAAAGAAAUGAGACAGAGGCACCAUCAGCCACAGAGUAAAGAGGAAUCACAAGCCGGUCAAUUCAACCCAAAUUCCAAAGCUCAGGAAGCACUAAGGCGAGCUCAGAGUUUCAGUGCUCCAAGAAACAACAGGCAAGAGACGUGGAGGAAGAUAAUCCAGACCAAGCUCCCUUUGCUGCUGCGGAAAAAGAUUGAACCAGCAAUGAGAGAAACUACCUUGAAUCAAACGAACUCCAGUGAGAGUCCAGACCAUAUCACCCAGGUUCCCUCUGUUCGCAGCCCGUCUCAUUUGACGAGAGGGCAUUCUUUACCAAGCUGGUCACUAUGGCCACAAAAAGAUCUCAAGAUUUCAAAGCUCUCUGUCAGAGUUUCUCCACCUCACGUAACCAACAACACAGACAUCCGACUGACAAGCAGUGAACUCCAUCCAGCUCCAACAUCCCACUCCACCAGGACAGCCCACAAAUUGUCUGUUUGGUGUAACAGUGGCUCAGAGAAGGAACGACAAGAGGCUGUGAUUGGUGCAUGUGUCAGAACUAAUAGAAUUACAAAGGAUGAGAACACACUCAUUUCAGAAGUCUCUACUUCAUCAGACCAAGAGACUAAUCAGGCUCCUCAUCCGAAGCUUACUUUAACUGGGACUGUUGGAAUGGGCGAUUCAAUGUUACAAAAGCCACCACCGCUGAAUAGACAAUCACACCAUGCGGUGGAAAGAUCGGUUCACUCAGCAACACAACCAUCGCAGUCACUGGAUUGGAAUUCCUCAGUCACAGGGAAAGCAACCAUGGAGGGCUUGGAGGAGACUAAAGAGGUGAAAGUAAUUGCGGACCCUGUUGAAAAGAUUCAUAAUACAAAUCUCGACUCAAAGAAUCCAAGUGAGACUAAAAUUGAAUCCUCAGUUUUACCUCAACCAAGCAUUUCAACAAACUCAGAUCUUCACAGCCCACCAAAGGCUUCUCAUGUGGGAGGGUCUUCUUCACCCAGUGAUCAUACUUCAGGUAAUGAUUCUCCCAAAUCCCCGUUGAGUUUCUUAGUCAAUGCGUUUAAGUCCUUCUCUUAUGGAAAGAAUCCAGUGUUACCAGGCAGUGUGGAAAAGACUCAAGAUAAGAAACCCAAGACAAAAUGGGCCAGGACUCUUGCAAAUAAUUCUUUCCAUGGAUUGUCUCUCAGUAGGUUCCAUAGUUUCACACAAGGGGCACCUUCGUCCCCCCAGGAUAUUGAACAACCAAGUUCAAUUCUACCGAGUUCUCCGCUUACAAAUCAGCACAUGGAUGUAUCAUCAGAGCCUGCCAACACACCAGGUCACAGAGAUUUUCACAACACCUCACCACUGAGCAGUGCAAGUGAAGAUUUCAGCAAGGUUACCAGGAGUGAAAAGCAACAGCAGAGCACACUGCAAAAGAAGAAAGAUGCAAAUCCUAGGGAUGACAUCUCAGUAAAGAGUAUUGAUUCCAGUCAGAUAAAGUCAGAGUUCAACUCUUACAUCCAGAGGAACAAUGCACUAUUUUCUUCGCUGAGAUUGGGAAGCACAAAAGCUGAAAGUAAUGAGAAACCAGUCUUAGAGUUGGAUAGCUCUAUGGUGACUGGAUCAAAGAAUGACACUUGGACAAUCUUUGCCAGUUUCAAGAAGAAGAGCAUUAGGAGGACAGAAAUGAAGGAAUCUCUAUCUAGUGUAUGCACCACGUCAGGUUCUCCUAAACUCCAGCAUGUUAAAGAAUGUAACAGACAACCAGGCAUCCAGGAUCUCCAAACCUACACCCAUGCCAUUGAAAGUGAAUCUGAGUCAACCAGUGAUGCACCGUCUGAGGAGAUGUUCCCAUUAAGGUCACAGGCUUAUCAAAAUAUCAGAAAGAAGAGGAAGAUGCGGAAUAUGGCACUGCAGCAAAUGAAGCAAGAGGAAGUAAAACGACUCCAUAGGGCACAGAUCAUUCAGCGUCAGCUGCAGGAGGUGGAAGAGAAGCAGCGAGUGCUGGAGGAACGUGGUGUGCUGUUGGAGAAAGCUCUGCGGGGCGAGUCAGAGCUCAACUCAAAAGAAGAACCUCAAUUGAUGCAAAAGUGGUUCAAGCUGGUGAUGGAAAAGAAUGCCUUGGUUCGCUAUGAAGCUGAAAUGAUGAUAUUUGCUCGCGAAUUGGAACUGGAAGAUCAGCAGAGCCAGUUAGAGCAGCUGCUUCGUGAUCGGAUGGCAGUUGACGAAUCCAAGAAGGUGGAAAAAGAUGUUGCUGAGGAGAAGCAGAUUCUGGAUGAAAUGACGGACGUGAUCAAACAGAGAGACAAACUGGUCCUCCUGCUGGAAGAGCAGGGACUGCAGGAGAAGGAAGAAGAUCGAGAUUUAGAAAGUUGGUUGGUGGCCAAGGGCUACAAAUUCAACUGGUCAUGAAUAACUUGGCUAUCAGACUCAGCAAUAGAUUCAAUGGUUUAUAAAUGCACAGUCUGUACAAGAAUUUUUCACUGGAAGUAAUGCAAUGUAGAAGGGACUGGUGGCUGGAGAGUACAGUUUUUGCCCAUGUUGAACCAGGUGAGAUUCACUGCCUGCUCUUCAUCAAAUCCAAUUUGUUCUCCACUUUGAGUUGGAAAUUACUGAUUACAGAAAGGACUGGUUAUGUCCCAGCUGGAUAUUUGUGUCCAAUUCUAGAUUUCAUACUUUAGCAAGAACGUGAAGACUUUGAGGAAGGGUUGCAGAAGUGUAUUAUUAUAAUAAUAUCAGGGAUGCGGAUAGCCCGAAGAAACAGAGAUUACUCUGAGAGCAGAUAAAUUUGUGGGGAGAUGUAAUAAAGGUGUUCAGAACUUUUCAACAGAGAAAACAAUGGAAAACUCUUUUUACUGCCAUUGCACACAGAUGUGCAUUAAUCACCGAAUAAACCAGUGGGAAAAAAUAAGACUUAUUUUAAAGUGGUGAAUUGUUGUGAUCUGGACCUUGCUGCCUGUAAGGAUGGUGGAACUAGAUUCAACUGAAACUUUCAAAAGGGAAUUUGUAAAGUAUCAUACCUGCAAAGGAGAAAAAUAUUGCAGAGCUAUUACCAAACCACAGAGUGAGAGUGGGACUAAUUAAAUAAACCUUUUCAAGGGAGCUGGCAGAAACAUGAUGUACCAAAUAGUUCCCUUUUUUUCCAUAUAAUUUCAUGAUGUUGAUGGAGCUAGGUAAAAAUUGAGCUCAUUAAUCAUUAAGCAGUGUCUGACUUGACUGAAAUACUCACCACUUCUGGAUGGUCCUACUGUGAACCUCUUUGUUCAUUAAUUAGUAAAGCUGCUUGGGGUAAUAUUCUCACGUACAAAUGUUUUGUGCGAUGUUUUAUAAUGGGUUAUUAUAUCUGGAAAUUAUCUUUUAUCGUGGACCAAUGGUUCACUGACCAAAGCUCAGUGGAGAGCUUGCUGUUAAGCUUUUUGCCAAUCACAGCUUAUGACCUCAAGUUGUAGUUGACAACUUGGCCUGUGCAUUUUGUUCAUGACUAUGAGGCAUCAGAUUGGAAUUGCUGUUUAAAGAAUAUCAGAAUGUUUUAACACUAAACUGUACAUGCACUGAAUGUUG